AUGCCGCCUCGAUCUUCCUUAACGUCUUCAUUCUCUAUUACCGACUCGAACAAUGAAGUCGUAUGUCCUCUGCGAAACCAAGAUGGCUCGAGCUGUCGCAAGCGCUGUAUUGGCGAAAAGAGAUAUCGCUCAAUGCAAGAGCAUAUUCGACGAGCGCAUCCAGAGCAUUAUAUUUCGAAGCUCCCUGCGACCGAGGAAAGCUUCUUACUUAUGAUUAAUACACCUCCGUCAGAUCGAUCUCAAGUUCCGAACUCUGCCGGCCCACCACCAGGAAGCCUCGAUCCGACCAAAGGCUAUCCGCACGAGCGUCAUGCAUACUCCCGAGACGCAUCUAGCGCUCCUGGGACCCCUAGGAAUCAUGAUGAAUAUUCCGGGGGUUCGCUUUUACCAGCCGCGAGUGCCGCUGCUGCUUUGGCCCAGUUAGGUGGCCAGCACAAGUUCGAGACGGAUUGGGAUAAUGAAGCAGGCUGGCAGUCUGAUAACGACGUCCGGAGAAUACCGAGGAGUACAAUUGAACUACCUCCCAUACAUUUUGGGAUGGAGCCAACUAGCGAACCAUUCCCUUCAAUUAACUCUGCACCGCGUAGGGACUUGCUCCCUUCAAUUCUUUCAAAUUCCCCGCCAGGUCGUUCGUCGACUCUUCCUCCUCUUCAACGAUCGCUUGGUCCUAACCGACCUAGAAAGCAAUCUAUCACUAAGCGUGGCCACAAAAAGCAGAAAUCUCGAGGUACCGCAAAUGACUGGCUCCGGAGAAUUCAAAACGAUGAGCGCCUUAAGCCGGGCAGCACUGACCGUAAGGCUCAUUCCGUCGAGCCCACGGCCGACUACGGCAAAAGGUGGGAAGACCUCAUUGAUGCUGCAGCCUCGGCUACAGAAGAUAUUGAUGAAGACAGGACUCCUGUCCCCCAAUCUCCUAUAUCAAUACACCGAGCUUCCUUGCCCCCAUUUCCUCAUCAACACUUUCAAGGCUAUCAAGCUUCUCCUCUACAACAAGCUCUUACUCCACCAUCCUUUGCCCAAGAGAUUCCAGAACCUUUCCCAUCCGUCGAGAGUGGCGAGAGCGGAGAAAAUUUCCAUAUAGGAGCUUCUGGACUUUCAGAUUCGUCGCCUGGCUUUUCAUCUCAGGACGUGCAUAUCUAUUGUGCUGCGUGUCAGAGAACGUCAAAGCUCCGGGAAUCUUAUGCAUGUACGGAAUGCAUUUGCGGCCUAUGUCGAGAUUGUGUUAAUAUCUUGAUGGAGGAGCAAGGAGCCCGAAGAAAAUGCCCGCGCUGUGCCACUAUUGGUGGCAGGUUUAAGCCCUUUCAGUUGGAUAUCCGAUGA